UUUUUCUUAUCAUGAGAUCGUUGUUAUUGUUCAUUCACAGUGAUCUACAACUUACAAAACCUAAGGGCUAAGAUUUUCGUAGUUUCGUGCUUUAAUCUUUAAUUAAAAACAAUUUAUUGUAACAAACUAAAGUGGGUUAUUGAACAAAUUAAUUUGCGAUGGACGACCACCACAUUUAUGAUGUUAACUUCACCGAAGAGAUCAACAAUAAGAUGCAAGUUCCGAAGAGUAUUCGAGUGAAUGGAGAUGUUUCUAAUUAUCGGUCUUCAAACUAUUACACUGACGAUAACAGCCGAUUUGGUGACAAUUUUGAUAUGAAUGUUCCAGAAAAAAUUGUUCUUAUAGGUAAUAAUCAGCAUAAGGGAUCUUCAUCAAAACCAAGAGAAUUUGCAAUUGAUGAUUUGAUUAUUCCACAGCCACCUGCUGAAGAAUUUAUUCGUGUUCAGACUCCGCCGCAAAAAAUUACCAUGUCAAGACAUUAUUUCCCUUCUGUGUUGGAUGACUUUGAAGUAAAGUCUAUGAAUACUGAACAAAGCGAAGAAUCAAUUCCGAACAAUACUGAACCAGUGACUAAUACUGUGCAAAUAAAUCCAAAUAUGAGCUUCUUCAAUACAAGUAUUAGUGAACCAAUGACAAUAUCUGAAGAAUUAGCUCACUUACGUCAACAGAUGGGUCGUGUGUCACGCCGAGUUAUUGAAUUAGAACAUAUAGCUUCACUGCCUUUUUAUGUCAGAGAAAAAAAAUUAAUUGUCACAUUGGUAUGCAGUUAUGUGGUUUUUAAAUUUGCAUCAUGGUUAACCAGACGUUAAAAGCAUUUAAUUUAUUGCAUGUGUUCCAAUUUCUUGUAAAUGCCAUAUGAUACCAAACAUUUUUUCAUUGUUAUAUAUAUUUACUUAUAUAUUACUACAGCACAUACCAAAAUUUAUGUAUAAAAAAAAUUGUGAAUCUUAAAUUCACAAUUCAGUUAUUUCAUAAAAUAUUUUUCAAAUUUUGUGGGUUGGCUACUUACAAAAUAUUGUUAAUGAUUUUUAAACAACUCAAUACAAUGCAGUAAAAUGUGUAUGACAUGUACAGAAAUGCAAAGAAAAUACUAAAAUAGAACUUUUAAAAUUUAAAUAAUGGUUAUAUUUCACUUUUCUUAAUUUGUUGCAGCCAUUUUUUUAAAUUAAUUAUUAACACAUACUAUAUUAU